AUGGACUAUUAUUCUGAAGAGUACGAAGCUGUGUUCCGGUCUCUGCUCCGGUUCUACCAGUCUAAGUCCUUGGUUGACGAUGGAAGUGCCAGCAAGGAGCUCGUGUUCAACCCUGAAGCGGUCAUCGCCCACUGCUUCAAGCAGUUCAAGCAGGAGGAUUUCCACCUGCCUCACAGCCGCCGGAGGAUCAUCUUCUUGCCUCGAAACGAGGCUCUGAUGCCCAUCAAUCCCACCCCCAACCCCCAGGCUCCCCGCAAGCCCACCCCCAGCUCCAAAGCCCUGGAAGUUGGGGACAUCCAAGAACAGCCAGAGGACCCAAGGGCCUGGCUGACCCAGAGGCUGAGGGUUCGGCAGGACCUGGAGUCAUUUGGCAGCAUAGAGAGGUGGCUGCGGAACAAGUCCAGACUCACGCCUUCGGAGGCCAAGGUCCUACACGAGAGCCACAAGGAGCACAAGGCCCGGCUGACGGGCCAGCUGGCCACUCCCAGACACACCGAGAAGAAAAGCCCACGACCCCUCCACCGGCAGGUGCCCCGGCUACAACUGCCCAAACCCUCUGCCCUGUCGACCUUGUACUCUUACCUGUGCAGCCACAAGAUCAAGAUCCAGGAGAUAUUUCACAAGGUGGAGCAGGGCAAGAACCAGAGGAUCUCCAGGGAGAAGUUCAUCACGGCUCUCAAAGCGGUUGGAGUCCCUCUGAAAACCCAAGAGGUGGAGGACAUCGUGAUCUAUCUCAGCUCUCUGGGAAAGCACAACAGCAUCACCGUGGAUAACCUGGCCAGCACCUACAAGCAGUGGUCUUUGGCUCAGCAGAAAAGCACCCUGGCAACUGCAACAGAGUGUACAUAUCCACCUCCACCCCCGUGUCUCCACUUCCGCAUCCUGGGAGCCAGCCCAGAGAUCAACCGCGGGGUAGAUAUUCUCUUGAGUGCCCAGCUACCGGCUUAUCGCAAAUCCUACAGCCUCCCGCUGACCGAGGACGUCCUCCUGAGAGCCCUGAUGUACCCGGGGGACAAGAUCAUUUUCCAGAAGGACCAGGUGCGUCCAAUCCGGCAACCAGGAGGCUACUACUCGGACCUGAAGAUCUUCAGUCCAAACCUGGCCCUGCUCCGAUCCCAGGGCAUUUCCAAACCUGUGGCUCAGAAGCCUGACAAGCUGAGUGUCGGCCCCCUCCUCCCCUGCCUGCGCUCCUGCCCCACUGCUGCCCCUUUGCUGGGGGGCUGGGGGAACAUGCUGAAGGUCAAGGAAGUCAGCUUUAAGAAGCGUGAGGAAUUCACCAGGAAGCUGAAGGCGAAGAGGCCCAGUGGUCCGCAGCUAACGCAUCCCAAUUUCUUCUGGCCGGGCCACCUCCUGGACAAGCUGAAGCUCUACCUGCCCACUGUGACCGUGGACCGGAGCCUGGCGCUCUUCAGCUGUGUCCAACACCGGUCCCAGGCCUACUCAGCCACCUACCAUCCCGACCACUGGUGGCCCAUUAAGGACAUGAACUACACGACCUAUGCCUAUUACGAUGCCCCCAAGAUCUACCACAUCAACUAG